ACAUAUCGUCAUCGAAUACUAACGGAACACAAAAUUCCAUAGAACUGUAAUAUAUUUUUAAUUCUAUGAUGUGAUCGUAAAUAUUUACUAUAAUUAGUUGUUCAAACGAAAAAAUGAAUCUAUUUCUGACGUAAGAAAAAGUCGUUAGUGCUUAAUUGAAUAUCAAUUUAACUUGCAAAUCAACAGUUAGCAGUGAAUAUAUGUUUUCUUAUCGAAAAUACAACGUUUAUGAAAUAGUUUUCCAUUUAACACUUAAAUAAAACGUGAAAAUCUUGACGGAACCAUUAUAAUUCAGUCACCAUGAUUUAUGAUUGCAUAUGUCGCGAUCAUUAAGACUAACAGCCUUCUUUCUCAAAAAACAAGAGUGGGUAUUCAAUGUAUAAUAAAUUAGAACAUAAUAAUUGUUGCGAUGUCAGUGGCUGAAACAUAUUUAAAUGGUUCAUCACGAAAUUUAUGUGACAAUAGUAUGCCAGAUAAAGAUGUUGAUAUCGACCUAAGACCCAAAACUAAUGAUAACAAGGAUGAUAAAAUGACUGUAGAAGAAUUUCGAACCAGAAUUAAUCAAAAUAGUAAUUUAGGAGUAAAUCCUAUCUAUACCUUUUCUCCCGAGAGUGUGGAAUCAAGUGGAUCUGUAGAAUCUAGAUUACGUGAUUAUUCAAAUUAUCAAAAUAGUAGUUCAGUUUCAAUUAGUAGAGAAAACAAUAACGUAUUAAAUGCAAAAAAUACCUCUGAAAAAGAGAUUUAUAAUUCUGGAUUACUUUCACAAGAUUGUUAUCCACAUCAGCAGCAGAUAUCAGAUCGUGAACAUAUGGGCAUCAGCCAUCAUAUACAUUAUCAGCAGUCUCGACAAUAUCGACAACAAAAUAUUCAACAUCAAUCAAGGAUAAAAAAAUGGCAAAUAAAAGAAGAAGAGCAGGAACAUCCAUUAUUUCUACAAUCUAAUCAACGUCUAAUGCCUGUUCACAGAGGUAAUCAACGUAAAUAUAGUAGUGGGAAAAGAUCGAGAACAGCAUAUUCAAGUGCCCAAUUAUUUGAACUUGAAAAGGAAUUUCUUUGUGGACGUUAUUUAUGUCGACCACGACGAAUUGAGAUGGCAGCUUCGUUAUCAUUAACUGAAAGACAAAUCAAAAUUUGGUUUCAAAAUCGUCGAAUGAAGUUCAAGAAAGAGCAAAAUUCAGUUAAAUCUGUAGAUAAUUUACCAAAGUUAGUUAAAUCUGAAAUAAAGCCUGAUCUUAAAGAAGAUUUAACUAGUCAUUCAUCUCCAACUCCUCUACAAAAUACUUUAUCUUUUCAAAAUGAUCAAAAACGCGACUAUAGUUCUAGUUCAGAAGGUUAUCUAUACUCUUCUCCUCCUGUUUAUGUACCAUCAUCAGUACAUCAGAAUUAUGAGCGAAUUGCAAGCUUCACUGACUUUGCUAAUCAUAAUGACCGACGGCAAAUAUUUCCCAGCAUAACAGAAAAGCAAAAUGCAAUAGACAAGCAAGACUAUCGAGUUAUUUACCAAGCACAACAAUCGCAUGAACAAAAUGACGAUGGGAAACAAGAUUCUAAAUCAGAUUCAUAUGGCGAACGUAACGAAUGCUUCAAGGAUUAUGGAAGAGCAGAAAUUUAUCAAUACCAAGAGUAUGCAUGGUAUGGAUCAUCGAACUCAUAUAUGAAUAAUAAUUACUCAUCAGCGCACUCAGCAAGUAUUAAUUACCAUCGGAAUAAUCACGGAAAUCUUCUUGAACAUAUCAAUGGUUUCCAAGAUUAUUCUCCAUCGACAGUAUCAGAUUUUUCAUUAUGGUCAAAUACUUAUCAUCCAGAAUCAUCAGAAUCUGAACGAAAUCAUAUUACUGUUACCGCUGAUGAUUCUGUUCAUAAUAAUGAUUUAGAAAUCACAAAUCUUACGAAUUUAUAGUGAUUUUUUUUUCUUUUUAGGUACAAUGAUUCGUAUAUGAUUAUGUCCUAUUGUAUAUGACUAUAUAUAUGUAUAUUUUUUCCCGGGAUAGCUUAUAUCUUACAUAUUAUAAUUCGAACUAUAUGGACUAUCGAUAAUAGCUUUUAAUUAAAAAAGCACUAUCAGUUGAUUUAUUAACAUUCUUUAU